AUGUCCUGGGAGGCAAACAUUCUUGGCUCAGCCAUGAAUAACUGUGUGCUCCUGCAGGAACUGCUGAUCAAGAAAUCCCAGCAGAAGAGAAGGACUUCACCCUCCAACUUUAAAGUGCGCUUCUUCGUCCUGACCCAAUCCAAGCUGGCGUACUACGAGCAUCGCCAUGGGAAAAAAAGGACUUUGAAGGGUUCAGUGGAACUUUCCAGGAUUAAAUGUGUGGAAAUUGUGAGAAGUGACAUCAUCAUUCCCUGUCAGUACAAAUACCCUUUCCAGAUUGUCCAUGACAGCUACAUCCUCUACGUGUUUGCCCCCAACCGCGAGAGCCGGCAGAGAUGGGUCCUGACGCUGAAGGAAGAAAUCAGAUACAACAACAGUUUGGCUUCAAAGUGUCAUCCAGACUUUUGGUUGGAUGGCAAGUGGAGGUGCUGUGCUCAGACAGAGAAGAUGGCAGCUGGCUGUGUGGUAUAUGACCCCACCAAAAAUGCCUCAAAGAAGCCUCUUCCUCCCACUCCUGAAGAUAACUGGAAACUGUUGCUGGAUCCAAGGGAAGCAGUGGUCAUAGCCAUAUAUGACUAUGAAGCCCAGAACCCACAGGAGCUGACAUUACAGUAUAAUGAGGAAUAUUAUGUGAUUGACAGCUCUGAGGAACAUUGGUGGCUGAUUCAAGAUAAGAAUGGGCAUGAAGGCUAUGUGCCCAGCAGCUACCUGGUGGAAAAAUCACCUGAGAAUCUGCAAGUUUAUGAGUGGUACAAUAAGAACAUCAGCAGGAGCAAGGCAGAAACACUGCUCAGGGAGGAGGGUAGAGAAGGGGCCUUCAUGGUGAGAGAUUCGAGGCAGCCUGGCAUGUACACAGUCUCUGUUUUCACCAAAGCAUUGAGCACGGACAACAAUCCUGUUAUAAAGCAUUAUCACAUCAAUGAGACAACUGACUUUCCCAGGAGAUACUACCUGGCAGAAAAGCACGUGUUUGACUCCAUCCCUGACCUCAUCAACUACCACCAGCACAAUGCAGCAGGUCUCGUGACGCGGCUGCGAUACGCGGUCUCCUCCUGGAGGAAACAGGCCCCCAUCACCGCAGGGCUCAGCUAUGGAAAAUUGGUCAUUAAUGCCUCUGAGCUCACCCGUGUGCAGGAGAUUGGCAGUGGUCAGUUUGGGGUGGUCUACCUUGGCUACCUGCUGGACAAGACCAAAGUAGCCAUAAAGACCAUCCGAGAAGGAGCAAUGUCUGAGGAGGAUUUCAUCGAGGAAGCCAAAGUCUUGAUGAAGCUGUCUCACCCCAAGCUGGUCCAGCUUUAUGGUGUGUGCUUUGAGGAGGCUCCCAUCUGCCUGGUGUUCGAGUUCAUGGAGAACGGCUGCUUGUCCGACUACCUGCGGAGCCAGCGGGGCAGCUUCUCCAAGGAAACCCUGCUGGGCAUGUGCCUGGAUGUGUGUGAAGGAAUGGCUUACCUGGAAGAAAACUCUGUCAUCCACAGAGACCUGGCUGCCAGGAACUGCCUGGUGGGGGAAUCCCACGUGGUCAAAGUGUCUGACUUUGGGAUGUCAAGGUUUGUCCUGGAUGAUCAGUACACCAGCUCCACAGGCACCAAGUUUCCAGUCAAGUGGUCUGCCCCAGAGGUUUUCUCCUACAGCAACUACAGCACCAAAUCUGACGUUUGGUCGUUUGGAGUGCUGAUGUGGGAGGUGUUCAGUGAGGGUAAAAUCCCCUAUGAGAAUCGCACCAAUGCAGAAGUGGUGGAAGAAAUCAACGCAGGAUUUCGGCUCUACAAACCCAAGCUGGCCUCCAAGGCAAUUUAUGAUGUGAUGAGCCACUGCUGGAGGAUGGGGAAAGAUGAGCGGCCAUCCUUUUCUUUUCUGCUGUUUCAGCUGAGUGAAAUCUCUGAGUUUGAUGUGUAA